AUGUCUGCCGCCUCCAAACAGUUUGCUGUGAAUGGCCCGCACACGGCAGGACUCUUCGCCGACAUGAGUGUUGACGGACCUAUCAUUGGCACGCUCGUUGCCGUUGUCGACCGCGCAAAGAACUUGCCCAACCGCAAGACCAUAGGCAAGCAGGAUCCCUAUUGCGCUGCGAGACUCGGCAAAGAGGCCAAGAAGACGGCAACGGAUGUCAGAGGCGGACAGACUCCUAAAUGGGACCAAGAGCUGCGAUUUACAGUGCAUGAUUCGGCCGACUACUACCAGCUCAAGGUCUCCGUCUUCACUGACGACAAGAAAACGGAUCUCAUCGGAGAGGCCUGGAUCGAUCUCAAGGGCAUCAUCAUUGCUGGAGGAGGCCAGAACGACGUAUGGCAGACUUUGACAUGCCGCGGCAAGUAUGCGGGGGAAAUCCGACUCGAAAUCACGUACUAUGAUUCUCGCCCCAAGCCCGACAAGCCUGCUGUCAGAACAAGGCAGUCUAUGGGUGCUGAGCAUGAGGGCUCGCCGCCUAAGCGCAAGGAGCCUGUGAAAAGGCGUCCUCUACCGACCGAUCCUGUCACUGGCGAAGUUACCGCCAAUGUCCCAUCUCCAUCAGACUAUCAGUCUCCUCACCGAUCUCCUGGCAAGAUCAGCUCACACUCGCCAUACGGUUCUACAAGCUCUCUUCACGAAACUGCCGAGUACGGUACUCCACAGGGGAGCACUCGAUCCCGUCAUGCAGACCAUUUUUCUCAUUCACCCAGUCAUUCCGGCUCAGGCCGUGUUGAGGGGCCUCGCCAGCCUCGCCCGACACGGCAGGACUCGUACACGAGAGAGAGAGAAGGCUACAGCCAAAAGAUACCCGUCUCACCAUAUGAGCAGCAAGAUCCCCGCGGCAGUGGCUACUCGCUUUCGAGUGAGCCUUAUGAUAUGACUCCGUCAGAUGAGGCGGCGCCAUUCUCUCCUCUUGGCGAACCCCGCCAAGCAGCUCCUCCGCCGCCGGCUCACCGGUCACGGCAUAGCAACAGCCAAGAACGCAUGCAGCGGAGAAGCGAUGAAUCGCCGCAGAGGGGCCUUCCACCCGUAUCCAUGAGAUCUGAUGUUUUGAAGAACGAGGCUCAUAGAAACUCUACCCCAAAUUAUCCUGGCCGCCCACAGUUCCGAGCUUACGACCCGGCCAUGGCGGCACAGCCACCUAUCCAAAGAGCUAUUACAUACGAGCCACUCAACUCCUACGAUGCUUACGACGCUCAGUAUCGCUCCAUGCAACCCACUGUAGAGGACGUCCCAGAAUCACCACCCGGCUCCAUGCGGAACAGGGAUCGCCGCAACAGUUCGAGAAUCGUCCCGCUGGAUGAGGUUUUUAACAACGCCCCGAUCCCCGCAUCCACGAAUCUCAGCCACUCUCCGGGAGGAGGAUCUCCUGGUUAUAUGGGUCAAUCUCCCGGAGCCUAUCCUCCGUAUCAAGAGCAGCCCCGGAAUCAAGAUUCAAUAUCUCCCCUGUCGGCUAGAGACUAUACCGAGAGCCCUGGACAAAUUUCACAGUAUAGCUAUAGCAGUCAAAGCCAACGCCCUAGCCCUAGUCAACAGCGCGAGUACGAGACUACCUAUAUCCAGAGCUCUCCAAGCUACGGGCUGCCUGCCUUGCCACCCUCUUUGGCUCCGGGGGUAGACCCUACUAUGGCUCAGGAGAUGUCCAACAGAGCAUAUGAAGACAGGCGCCACGAUGGCCAAUACAACAAUCAAAUAGUACACGCUUCUGUCCGAAGCCGCCAUGGAAGUGAGCCGCCGCCGCCCUCACACGAACCGCCAUAUGGUACCUCACCGCAGGCGUAUGAAUCAUACGACAGGCGAAGAUCGGGUAACUAUUCCGGUGGGCCGGAUCCGCAGGCGCAGGCUCAGGGAUAUCGAGAUCCUUCCCCUAAUCCCCAACACAGGAUCCGACGCAAGUCGGUCAGCCCUUCCCCCCUUCGUUCUGACCAUAGGAGACAUUCUGAUAUUCCUUUUGGUCCUGAUUCUUACGACGCCUUCAACCCUGGGGCAUCUUCUAGAGAUGGAUCCCCAGGAGUUGAUGCAUCGGAUCCUCCCUCCAAAAUUGUGACCCCAGAUGGUCGAGAAAUCGAUCCAUCUGAUCAUCUACCAGUGGAAUCUUGGGCUCCCGAGCCCGAACCAAAGCCUUCUCAAGAGCCCGCGCGAGCAAGGCCAGCUCUUUCCGGAGCGCAGCCAAUGCCUCCCAGCGGCCGAAGACCCCUGCGAAUAAGCAUGGCGAGAACUUCGCAAGCGGUAGUACCAUCUAACGCCUACGGAUUUACAGAGGGGCCUCGUGCUCCUCCUCCCCCCGCGCAAGGUGGACGGCAGCGACUACAAAAGAAGGCUAUGCGCCAUUCAAUGGGGCCAACAACAUCGGCCCCUAACCCCCUCACAUCUAUGGCGCCAGAUAACUUUCAGAUUGGACCAAAUCAAUACGGUUCAUCUCGAUCACGCGCUGGCGCGUGGGAUUAUCCAAGUGAAAAUUACGCGCCCAAAUACAACGGUGGCAAUCAGGGACCCCCCAUCCCAGCCAAGGUACCACUCCCCAUUAUGAGUGGCGCCAACGGAGGAGCAGAAGAUAUGGCCCUGAUUCAGGAAAUGCAAUCGAUUGACAUUGGCACGGGGCGUUCUAGACGCCGAGGUGGAUACUAA